AAGACAAAGAUGUUACCCCACUUUGCUCCAAUGCCACACUGGACAAAAUCACUUCGAUAGUAUGCAAGAUCAAGACAAAGGGGAGCAGAGGAUGUCAUCUGCAGUAUCAGCAUGGACGGGACUUUGAGCAUGAAUGCGACUCCAGGUUCACACUGAUAAAAGAAAAGCAGAGGGUUUUUCUCCAGCUAAUCAAUUUAACAGCAGAGGACAGUGAGGCUCCCACCUCUCCUGUGAGAGCGCUGAUGUCUAUCGCUCUGAUUAGUAUCUGUACUGGAUUCAUCAUUGUAGCUGUCCUUGGACUUAUCCUGAGAAAAAAUCUUUGCAGUGACUCUUGUGAAAACCACUGGAAGAGGACCAGACAUCACUCCAGUGUGCAGCAGUGAGAACCCGGCCAUCGUUUUACUGGUGAAAUGUUGGAUCAGUACAGAGAGACACACAGAGGUGGACUGCUGCCUGGUAUACACGGGAGACAAGCCUUUCAAGGACAGCUGCGACUCCAGGUUCUCGCUGAGAAACGUGAAUCAUACUGUGUUUCUGCACCUGACCAGUUUAACAGCAGAGGACAGUGGGAACUACACCUGUGAAUGCUCAUAUGAAACACAAACUCAGGUUUUAAGCCUCGAUAUCACUGUAGAAUCAGAGGACGGGCCUUUCUCUGGCAUGAAGUUCAUGGCUACAGUCAUCAUCAUCAUCUAUGCUGCUGCCACGCUCAUCACUGCGACUGGGAUAAUCUGUGGUCACAUCCUGAUGAGAACUCCUCACAGAGAAACCGGAUCAGGAUCAUGUAACUUGACCAGAUCUGAAACUCUCCAGACUUUGGAUGCAGAGGACCCCUACAUGAGCCUUCAAAGGCCAACCAGUGACAUCUACCAAACCCUCUCCUCGGGCCGCCUCCAUCAUGAUGCUGACUCCAGGCCAACUAGCUCUGAUGUCACAGUGAUCUACAUUAAUACUGACGGACCAGAUGGAAAAGAACAUGAUUUAAAUCCUGGUUAUGCAAUCUAUGAAACUGUCAAGGACUAAGGUGGAAAUAAUACUAAUGAGCUAACACAUGGACUUUUUAUGUACAUGAUAUAUCAAUAUUUCAACUACUACCACUAACUGGCAAUAUUUGAUAUUAGAAAUGGUAAAAAUGAAUAAUUCUCAGAGGCAGGGUGCACCUUGGACAGGUUGUGAGUCUCUCACUUUGCUCAAAUAGGUGUCACAUAGCAAUGACACUCAUAAUUUACAUAAUACUCGGUAACUACUCAGUAUACAAGGUGCAGCCGCUGAGCAUGUGCGCAAAGGUCAAUCAGUCCUUAUGGUGGAAAGAAAGUGUUAUUUAUGGACUAAUGUAUCAGUCAGCUGGGAGCAAAUACACCUAGAGGCUCUUUUCUUUUUCUUUCAUUUUCUUUUAUUAAGAAAAACAAUUUCUUUUUCUUUUUGCAGUUUAUGUAAUGAUAUGUUGAUAUAAUUUUGGAGCUGUCUGAAUUAUGAGGCUUCAUCAAGUAAAUGGAAUAUGAAAACAUCCACUUUCCACAACUAUGAAACUCAAACAAAUCUAACUAAUAUGGAGCUUCCUGUUUGUUUGUGUCGAUUAAAGUCAUAUUUAACAGAUACAUAGUUUCCAUAUUAUUUUUGAACCCCCGAAUCAACCGACUCACACAAAAGUCUUGCUGUGAAUGUGGGGAUCUUUCAUCUGUCAUUCAUGCAGCUGAAUCUCAUCAUGGUCUGAAAAAUUUUAUUUUGCAAACCGCUGUUUCAUUAAUUAUUAGUGUGAUUUUACCUGGUUUGUGACAAGUGUAGAUUCAUGUCAUGCUGCUUCUUUGAAAUAUUUGGCAAAAUCAAGAUGUGCCUGUUGCAUACAUGCAUUACUGUACAUGCAUGCAUGCAUAUUAGUUCUUUGCUACAGAGUGGUUCAAUAAAGUAUAAAUCAGCUUCUAUUUUUAGACAGAUGUCUGCCUUUGGGGUAAGAGUUGUGAUGUGAUUGUCUUUUUUUAACAACAGAGCAUUCACACGUAAUAGUUACAUUUAUCAGUGUUAGGUCUUCUAUCAAGAUGUUUUCUUCUUGAAUUUGGUCAGCUAUGAUAGUUAAGAUUAUCAUAAAAUUAUUUAAAACACAAAUGAAGGAAAUGCUUUUAAUACAUACAAAGCAUUUCCUUCCUUUUGCACCAGCUCAGACCCCGGUGAAAGCUGACAAUCUGAGGUUUAGUUUGCUGCAGAAAAUACAAGGGCGUGUGCAUGUCCGUAACCCUGCAGUACACUACAGCAGAGGACAGUGCACACAGCCAGCAGCAAACAGUUGUUUAGAUGUUUUGACCAGUAUGAUUAGAUGGAAACUUUGGUUUGUUCUGCUGCUGCCUUUCUGUACGGACAACAAAGUUCUCCAGGAGCUCCUCAUGAAAACCAUCAGUAAACAACCAGAUGUCACUCAAAUAUGCACCAACGAGACGCUGAAUGUUAUCAUGCUUAUAGUGUGUAAGAUUCACACAGAGAGCAGCAGAGGAGAAGAGUGUCAGCUGCUGUAUCAACAUGGACAGGACUUUAUUCAUGAAUGUGACUUCAGGUUCACUCUGAUGAAAGAAAAUCAGACUGUGUUUCUCCACCUGAUCAAUUUAACAGCAGAGGACAGCGGGAACUACACCUGUGAAUGUGUACAACAUGAAGGAACAUAUAAGCUCCUGCUUAAUGUAACUGUGGAAGAAGGAGAUAAAGUAGACACCAACAGUUCUUUCUUCUUUGUGGUCAUUGGAGUUCCUGCAGUCAUCAUCAUCAUCUCUGCAGUCAGCCUCGGACUGAUCUACAGCAAAAAAUGCCACAGCAGAAGAGAACGGCUGCCAAAAUCCAGUCUUGAAAACACGGAGCUGUACACGCACACAGAAUACCGAGCCAUACAGCGUCUUCAUGCACACAAAGAAUGGGCUUUAUAUAACGUCCAAAAUCAACAAGUAAACUAUUUAUUUAAAUGUUUGAAAAGAGAUUAUACUCAUUAAGUAAUUUUAUUAUUAUUAUUAUUAUUAUGUGAUUUUUUUCUGAGCCUUUAUAAUAUAACAUCAUGCAUGUAUUUUCUAGUGGAUAAAAACUGAAGCAGGAGUUGCUUUAGUAACUUUCAGUCAGUUGUAGUGGGAUUUGUU